UUCAAUUCAGUUAUUCACAUUCUCUACUUCUUGAAUUUCUUGGUUUUUCUUGUGUUCCUCUGUUUCCUCCUCUGUGGUGUUGUAGUUUCCAUCCAUGGAGAAACCAUCUGCCAAUGAUCCCACAGGCCCUAAAUCAAGGGCCUGUAUUCCUGAUACCCUUUUGCAUUCUUUUGAGAACCUUCAUCUGAACAAUGGAAUCGGCAGCGGAUAUGCAGCUUUCCCAUACAAUGCCUCCUUAACAACAUCUGGUUCAAGAAACGGAGGGAUGUUUCUUGGAGCCCCCAAUUUGCAGUAUCCAACAGAAGGAUUCCAUCUUUCAAUCAACCGAGUCGGUGGCUAUGGCGCUAAUUGUCAUCAAAACCUGACCUCCUCGGAUGCCAUAAAUCUGGCUCCGGUGCCGAGACAAAACAUAAUCUUUCUUGCGGCUUUGACUCCGGAAGGGUCUGAAACACUCAACCAGUACUUGUCUUCCAAGAACUCUCCAGCUACAGACGUCAUCUUUGAAGCGGUAAUUGACUCAAUUUUCGAGCUUAUGACGGAUCAAGCUGGACAUUGUGUAUUUGGAAAUUUGAUUCAUCUAUGCAAUAAGGGUCAGCUGCACAUGAUUGUAAAGAAACUCGAGAUGCAUCCGGAAGCAAUGGCGGCUGUAUGCAUUAACAGAUACGGUUCUCCUUCAGUCAAAAAGCUCAUCAAACUCAUUGCCAAAUCAGACUCAGACUCGUUAGCUACUUCGAUGGUGGUGGGGCUGCACAAGGUGUUCAGUCAAUUAAUGGUACAUAAAACAGGAUGUCAUGUUAUAGUGCAGUGCCUGGAGACCCUCAGUAUCAACCACAAUGAGUUGCUGCACAUAGCAGCUAUAGAGAAUGCUCUUUAUCUGGCAACCCAUGUUAACGGGUGCUUGGCAUUGAAUAGUGUAAUUGAUGUGAUUAAAGGUCCAAGAAGAAAUGAGCUCCUCGAAUCGAUUGCUGAUUUAGCUGUGUGCCUCUCCCAAGAUCCUUAUGGAAACUUUGUGGUGCAGAACCUGUUGGGACUCCAGUACCCGAACAUCACUAAGAAAAUAUGCUCUUUGUUGAAGGAUCACUACAUAAGGAUCUCAAUGCUGAAAGGCGGCAGCCAUGUAGUAGAAAAAUGCCUCAAGUCUACGGAAAGGGGUUACGCAGUUGAAGCUUUUAUGGAAUGUCAAGGGCAAGCACUGUUGAAUGUUGCCAGGGAUCAGUUCGGGAAUUAUGUCAUACAAACAGCUCUCAAGGAAACAAAGCAUGCGGACUGUGCACUCCAUGACAGACUUGUAAUGAAACUCAGAUCACAUCUGGUGCACCUGGAGCGCAGAUAUGGAAGGAACGUCCUCAAUUUGAUCGUUAACCAAGAUUCCUACUAAUUGGGUGUUUCCAUGAGUCAGAAAAUCACAUGUUUUUUAUGCAAUACUUUUGUUCAGCUGUCACAACAUGAGUAGAAUAAUGUUCUUUUAUUUGUUUUCUUUUCUAUUUGUAAGAGAUUGGAGUUUUUUUUAAGUAAAAAUUAAUGUCCUUA